AUGCCUUCGACGGACAAUGCUCGCCGCUGGACUCGCCGUCGAACUCGCGCGGACCUGAUCAUCAACACCUCGUCCUCCCUUGCGUCGCCGUCGUAUUCCUUCCCCAGAGACAGAGACGCCGCUCCGCAGCCGCAGACGCCGCCGCCAGCAGACUGCAAGCCGCCGCCGGCCCUGUCUAAGUCACACCCCGACGCAGAUAGUCGGGCGCUUAGUAGAUUGCCGUCCUCCUCCCGCCACACACAUGAAUCGUUUUUAGACAACCCGACUCCCGUCGAGGACGACAUGGCCGACCGUCUGCCUCGCGCUACCCAGCGGGACUCGCACGACCUCUCGCUGUCGCCGAGGAACGUCACCCGUGACUCUCUCGUCACCAACAUGCUCCUGUCGCUCGACCAGUUUUCCAUGGCACAGUUGGGCGACAGGUACGACAAACCCGACAAGCACGAGAAGCACGAUAAGUACGGGGCUGGACCGCGAUCACAUACCUACGACGACGCCGCACCCCAGUUUGGCGCCGCCGACCCCCAGAGGACGUGGACUGCCACCUCGUCCGUCAACGGCGCACGAGUCAACGGACAUCAAUACUCCUACAGCUCCGACCUGGAAGCCGCCGACGACUCCAGCCGCCUGUCCAGCCAGCAGUCUCGCGGCCGACGCAGCAACAGCAGCUCCAACUUCCAGUCGGGCUUCACGCGCCUCAACAGCGUGCGAGAGUCGAGCCACCGCACGCAGCAGCCAGGGCCCACGCGGGCGAUGCACUCGCGAGGCGGCAAGCCAGGAAGCAAGAGCAGCAGCACCACCAGCGCCAGCGUCGACGCCGGGUACGCACAAGUCCUCGGCAGCCAGCGCUGGGCACGAGGUUUCGGACGAUCGGCCAGCUUCGACUACGGACCCGCACCGCCGCAGAACAACCCCGAGCCGGCGCCGUUCCGAGUAGAAUUCCCAAACAACUUCCUCGCCGACGAGUACGACGCCGCCCCGACCCCGACCGUCCCCGGAGGCCCUCGCCGCGAGACCGCGAAGCCCACAAUGCAGCCUUCGGUGCCGCCGCCGCCGCCGGCUCCCCUCGAACUUCCGCCCCUGGACCAUAAACGCAGCAGCCGGUCGUUGCGGAGCGUCUCUGCCCGCAACAAGAGCGGCAGCAAUCUACGAGAAACGGCCCCUGCCGUGCCGGCAUUGGACCUUGACUCAGCACCUGCACCACAUGUCGGCUAUGAGAAGGCCAAGGAUCCGGCCGUGCACAGCUCUGCACCUGCAACUGCACCUGCACCCGCCCCCGUGAAGGAGCGACCUGGGUUUUUCAGACGGGUCUUUGGCGGCGGCUCCAAGAACAACUCGCACAACUCACACAACUCAAAUAACAGCCACAACGACGCCGCCAACUCUCCCCACUCGUCCCCGGCUGUCGAUCACGCUGGAAGCGGCAAGAUGCAUGGGAGCUCCUCCGCGCCGCCCUCGCGCGACACCUCGUCCUCCCACUCCCACCAUCCGGUCUUGCAGAAGAAGCCCUCGUCCUUCUUCCGCCGCCGCAAGAAGUCCGUCACCGAUGACCCUCCUCCUCUACCCGCCUUUCCCACGCCGCCGAUGCCUCGCGUUGCCCCCAUCAAUCUCCCUGGCGGAGGGGACAGGAUCGUUUCUUUGCCUGAACAAAGCCCGGUCAGCAGCCUGCGGAAGGUCAUGAACCCGUACCUGCGUUCGGCUGCGGGUGCCAAUGGUUAUCCAGCAGGCCAAGGCCCCUCUCCUCUGGCUGACAUCUCCAACCUCUCCCACGAGCUUGACGAUGACGACAUUGACGACAGGCUUGAAUACAAGCGAGACUUCUCUCCAGACUACUCACCUAGCCCCAACGCCAAGAUCCGAGCUGUCCAUGGCGAUUCGGACGAUUACCACACACGGGGAACUGAAACACCCUCACGCCCACCCCUGGAGCGACCUAUGAAGGGUAUGGGGACCCGUAACAACUCGUUCCUGGACCUCGACGGUGCCAGUGAUAAUGAGGAUACCCAUGAUAGCCCAUCCCAUGGAAGACUUUCCGCCAAGACUAGGGAGAGGACCGGUGAUACCACACCCCGAGGACGAGUUUCUCCCCAACCUGCGAACGACAAUACAAUCAAGGGCAAGAAGUCUUUCCAUCGAGUCGAGCAGACUGAUUCCGAAGAUGAUCCCAGCCGUUCGAAUCUGGCGUUGCCCAUCGAAGGUGCACGGGCGACGAGCCCCGCCGGCUCCGUUAGCACCGGCACCGACUACAAGUCGGCUCUCAGUGCUCCUCCGAGCGUGAGAAUCGACGGCUCUGCUGAUCCUAGCCCUAAGGUGCUCGGAACCUUCGACGCCAUCAAGGCUAAGCCACUCGAUGAGCCCGAGUUCGUUAUUGGUGACCCUACUGAGGACGAUCGACAGAAGGCUCAGAAGAUCUACGAUGGCAACGAAGACUUUAUUCAGAAGUUGAAAGCUGCUGCUUGGAUGGGCGAGGAAGGCCCAAUCAGGCAACGGACUCUCCAGGCUUACAUGGAACUAUACGAUUUCACGAGUCAGAGUAUUGUCUAUGCAUUGCGGCAAGUAUGUGGGCGUCUCGUGUUCCGUGCUGAGACACAGCAAGUCGAUCGAAUUCUGGUUGCCUUUUCCAAGCGAUGGUGCGACUGCAACCCCAACCAUGGGUUCAAGGCUACUGAUGUCAUCCAUACCAUCUGUUACUCCAUCAUGCUCCUCAACACCGAUUUGCACAUGGCCGAUAUCGAACAGAAGAUGACCCGUAGCCAGUUCGUCAAGAACACCAUGGGAACCAUCACGCAAGCCGUUAUUGAGUCGGUACCCGAUGCUUUUCAUCGCCCCAGCAUCCUUCCUGGAAAGGAUGGCAUGCUGAACGGCAACGAGAAUCAGGAACCACCCGCGGAGCAUGACCGCAGGUCGUUCAGAAACUCUUUCCGACCCCCUCCUCGUGCCGAUUCUGGUACUUUGCCGGCUGAACCCGAUGAUGACUGCGGCCCCCUGGUCAAAUCCCAGUUCAAUGGAUCCAAGAAGGCUUGGGAAGAGCAAAUUGAAGUUGUGCUCAAGGGCAUCUACACAUCUAUUCGGGAUCAGCGUCUGCCCCUCUUUGGCGCUGAGCCUGAGAAGAAUCUCAACAUGCCGGGUUCUAGCAGCGGUGGUCUCUCCGUCAUGGGAAUGCUCAAGAGGACCCCCAGCGUCCUCAGCAAGGCACCUUCUGAAAGCCAACUUUCCAUUCGCGGCCGUAUCCCCGAGAAUGGCCGGGCCAAUACAGCGAGAUGGAACUCCAAAAGCCGGUCACGAAACGGGAUGGGUCGUAAUGGCUUCUCGUCUAGUCGUACAAGCUUUGACGAUGGCAAUUCUUUGUGGAGCCCUGCCGGAUCUUCAGCCACCUGGAGCCGCCAUUCUCUGGGCAGAACCCAAACAUCAGUAUCGCAAGAUUCGUUUGGUUCGGCAAUGCCUCGUGGGGAUUACCAGCAGUCGAUUGGCUUUGCUAAUGCCUUGAGCCAGGCAAUAACCCGAGACGAGGACCUCUAUGGAGACGGCGCACCGUCCGUCAUGAGCGCUGACAUUUCCAAUACACAAUUUCUUGAGGAUGAGUCGCUGGAGCUCGCAGGUCCUCCUUGGGUCAAGGAGGGAAUGGUGAUCCACAAGCAUCAUCUUGAUGGCGUGGAGAAAAAGGCUAGAGAUAGACACUGGUCCGAGGUGUUUGCCGUCAUUCAGAAAGGUCAGAUGAGUCUGUUUUCGUUCACCCCGAACAAGUCAAUGCGACAGAAGAACCGGAAGAAUGCCGGCUCCAACAUCGCUGUGGGAGGUGGCAACUGGCAGGAUAAUGCCACCAACAUGGGCACUUUCAGCCUGCGGCAAACUCUCGCAUCGGCUCUCCCACCACCUGGAUAUUCUCGCACUCGCCCAAAUGUCUGGGCGCUGAGUCUACCCACUGGUGCUGUUCACCUGUUCCAGGUUGGCACGCCCGAGAUUGGCAAGGAGUUCGUCAACACGGUGAACUACUGGAGUGCUCGUCUCAGCACCCAUCCGUUGAUUGGUGGAAUAAGCAACAUUGAGUAUGGAUGGAGUGAUGCAAUUGUCAACAAUGCUCUAGUCACCGUUAUCAACGAGACGACUCAUGGCAAGACUUCUCGCCCAGGAAGCAGCGCGGCUCCUGGCCGCAGAUCGAGCGUCACCAGUGCUAGCUUCCGAGGAUCAAGCUUCGACCACGUUACCGGUGCUUUUACAAACAACAGCGGCCGAGGAAAGCUUCCUGGUGAUCGCGUUCACAUUUCGGAUUGGUCGCCGCCCACUCAGAGCAUGCGGCCCAGCAACUCUUCAGAGGCUGAGCAACUUGACACUCUCGACGCCUAUGUCAAGGGUAUUGAGGCUGAACUGCAAUCCCAUAACCAACUCCGCAGUCCUAUGCUGCUCGCCUUUACUCCUAGGGGGGCUAAUGCUAACAAAGCAAUGUCCAACUGGGAGCGCAAGAGUGCGUAUUUGCUUCGCGAGAUUGUCAAGUUUACGACGUAUGUCGACUGUCUUCAGCAAGCUGAGACGAGGAAGAAUGAGAUUUACACCGAGAGGGACCUCGCGCAGCGAGCUGCAAGAGGUGAGUUGAGCGAUGGAGAUAUGGAGUUAAGCGCUGGCGAGGAGGGUGACAUUACUCUGAGACCAUGA